CUAUAUUUCCCGUCCAUUAAAGAUAAAUAGAUGGAAUAGUCAUGGAUGGGUGGCUCCUAUUUAUACUUUUGUUUAUGAAAAUAAAACCUAUUAUCAAUCUCAGUUAUGGAGAUUGCCCUUAACCACUCGUAAAAUAACGCUAAUUAGAGCUACUACCCAUGUGGAAGAGUAUUAUGUUCAAACCUGUGUGUUAUCUCCAUAUUCCUUAUUGCUUUCUAAUGAUAGUGAAAAGUUGCAGAUUAUGCAGUAUAAUAUGAGGUUUUAUAUUACUUGUCAGCAAUGUAUAUUAACCACUUGCAUUAUUCCUGAAAUGAAUGUUUCAACUAUAAUGGUGUUAAAAAGACCAGCUUAUAUUGUGCUGCCAGUAGCGCUUAAUGAAUCUUGGUAUACAGAUAUAGGGGCGGAAAUUAUAAGACAGGUUGGAGAGCUCAUACGGCCAAAAAGAUUUGUGGCUACUUUGAUUUUGGGAAUUUCCGCCUUAAUAGGAAUAUUAAGCUCUUUUACUGUCGCAACAUAUGCUUUAGUGAAGGAAGUGCAAACAGCACAAUAUGCUAAUGAUUUAUCAAAAAAUAUAUCCUUGGCUUUGGCAACUCAAGAAGCAAUAGAUAGAAAGUUAGAAGCUAAAGUUGAUGCCCUUGAAGAAGCAGUUUUACAUAUUGGUCAAGAACUUGCUGCUUUAAAAAUUCGCUUAUCUUUAACAUGCCAUAAAAAAUAUUCGUGGAUAUGUGUUACUCCUUUAAAAGUAAAUUAUUCUGAAUAUUCUUGGGAACAAAUUCAAAUGCAUAUUUUAAAUGUAUGGAAUUCUAGUGAUUUGGGAAUUGAUUUGGAACAUUUACAUACACAAAUUUAUGAUAUUGCAGCCUCUCAAUAUGAUAUGAAUCCCUCUAAAGCUGCUGCAGAAUUUUUACAAAAUUUACAAAGUUAUUUUAAAAAUAAUUCCUUUAUGCAUAUUUUAAUAAAUUAUGGGGCUGCCGGAGUGGUUAUAAUUUUGCUUCUUAUUUCUUUUCCAGUCAUUAUCCGAUUAAUUCAAACUGCCCUUCAAAGUGUAUACAGAACCAAAGUGGAAUUACAUACUGCCUUUUUAAAAAAUAAAAAAGGGGGAGAUGUCGGGAGCCACAUAGGAAGUGCCUUUGAGUUACAGCACAGACGAGACCCGUAGUGUCAAGCAAAGUUGAUGCUAUCGGACAUAAAUAUGGAAAAGCAAAGCUCUCGUUUGCAAAGCUUCCUGCCUCCUGGUGGCUGGUGCCGUGCAAUUGGUCUCUCUUGCCCAGUGCUGUAAGCUGGGCCCUCUCUGGAGGAGAAACCUGGGUUCCCGAAGACAUGUGACCAGAGCCGGGGCCCCGCCAGUUGGCGAGGGAAUCCCAGGGCAGGUGCUGGGCGUGGAGGCCACGGGGGCAUAGGCUACCAAGGUGACAGAGAACUGACCUUCUCUGGGGGCACUGCACCUCGCUCACUCGCACACCUCACAUCUCCCUGCUUGGCCCCGGAGGAUGGCUGGUUAGCCAGAGACGGGUAAGAUUCCUCAGGGAAGGAACAACCUAAGACAGGCACAGUCGCAGAGGGGCCAUCAGGAGAAAACUUGGGGGCCAACAGAGGUGGGGCAUAGACCCUCACCCCCCAACUUUGCAGGAGCCUGAACCCUGUCCCCAUGGCUGCUUCGCUUCCCACGCCCAGCUCAGAUGGGAACCCAGGUAGCAGACAAGAGACCUGGCCAAUGGCAACUGCCCUCCCGCCGCAGCAGGGCUUUGUUUCCCAUUUCCUCCGUGGACCACAGCUUUCCUCUGUGUGGUAGCAAGGCUUUGCUCUGUGUGGUUCCCCUUGUCUUCCCCUGCCUUUACCUAAGGUGAUUUUUGUUAUUGGUGUUGGGAAAAAUGUAUAGUUUUAACGCAGGGGUUUAAGAAAAACCCCAAGUUAGGGUAAAAAUCAAGAGAAGGAUUAUAGCUACUUUGGCUUUUUUAAUGAUUAUAUUUGAAAGUUUUAUUCCCAGGCCAGGGCACUGGACUUGGGGAAAUACAAUGGUGGGAACAUUUCUGCAGCAGCUUUUUACUCUGAAAGAAAAAUUGAAAGAGUUAUGGCCUCCCAGUGGAGUUAUAAACAUGUUGGGAAAUACCUGGGUAUGGUAGCGAGUUUUUAUGCAACAGUGAGUUUAAUCAAUGAGUUUAUGGUACAAUGCCCGCUUCCAUGAUUUUUUAGAGGUAUAAAAAAUAAUGUGUAUUGUUUUGAUUAUUACGGUGGGGUUGGGAAAUUUGUAGAUGAAAUGUUGUAUGAUUGUUUUUAAUUAUUAAUAGAAUAAUGUGUUUAAGUUUAUGAUUUAGUCAAGCAGAAUGUGCAGGUACAAGAACACCUUAAUCUUCUGAGAAGAAUAAAGAAACUGCAGACAAGUUCCUGAAGUUUCUGACGUAGAUGUGAUCAACAUGUACCUAACCACAGAGGAUGAAAGGGACUUUGACCACAGAAGAUGAAAGGGACUCUGGGCGAUGGGAAAAAUACCUAAUUUGUUUUGAUUAAUUUGCUGAUGUAAAUCACCUUUGUUUUAUGGCUUAUGUGGGGGAGUUUUUGGCGUGGGAAUGAGGAUGUUGAAUUUGAAAAUGAGAUUUUUUAUAGUAUAAAUACUUGGAAAUCAGAAGAA